AUGGCAUUUGCUGCACGCUUCUCUUCCCUACGCGCGAUAAUGGGCCAUCCAUUUCAGCUCCCAUUUUUCUCAGCCCUGAAGAAUAGCACCGACAUCUUGGAGCUUUCUCUGCAGGUCGGCUGGUUCUGGGGUUUUCGCAAGCGCAGUAACAUGGCAGGUAUUGGGACUGUACUUGUAGUUUACCUUAAACCCAAGAGGGUAAAUGACUCUCAAGGCGGCUUCAAAUGUUCGCCGGUUGUUGAUGAGGUCAAGUUCGAUGUUAUGGUCACAGGACCACUCAGCGGCUCCCUGAUCGGUCUUGGAACAGGAUCCAGAAAGCAUGAUUAUGUUUUUAGUUGA